AUGGGACGAAUAGAUACGUACCACAUGAUGGUUAUCUCGCAAUACCUAAUGACAUUUGAAGACUUUGUGAAGAUUCAAAGUGUCUGUAAGAAGUACAACGAGACAAUUAAGAAGUUCCAUUACAACCCAAUUGCAUUGACGAGGAAGGAAAGAAAGCACUUUAUAAACAUUGAGACGUACAAUUUGUAUAACGAGGAAGAUAACGUCUUUACUGAUGGGAACAUCUUCAAAUUAGUAGUCUGGUUUAAAGUGAAUUAUCUCUCCACCUUGGCAUUUGAAAAGUACAACGUUGUAUUCAAGCGCAUAGAAUUCACUGUUGUGGACAGAAAUAGGUGCAUGACACACAUCCCGAGUCACACGCAAAUUCUGGGCGAAAGAGUUUUUGAGGGGUGUUUCUUAAUGGAAAAAGUGAAGCUCCCCAGCACCCUCCAAAUUGCGUCGAAUUUCUGUUUCAAUGAGUGUCGCAUGUUGAGACAAAUAGAACUUCCAGAGAAGAUGUUGUAUAUAGGGAACUAUUGCUUUAAUAAUUGCUCGAAUUUGAAAGAAGUGCGCAUGUGUGAGAACGUUGUGUUCAUCGGAGAUGGAUGUUUCAAAAAUUGUCGUCACCUCCGAAGUAUUCGACUUUCGACUCAUGUUGAAAAAAUUGGGAAUUCGUGUUUCGCGGACUGUUUCGAGUUGGAAGAAAUUAGUCUCCCGACAACAUUGAGUAACAUCCCCUUUCAGUGUUUUUCAAAUUGUAAGUCUCUCAAGGAAAUAGAUGUUCCAAUGAGUGUGACUAAAAUCUGGUCAUUUGCGUUCAAGAAUUGUGUCAUACUGUCGAGGAUUUGGAUGUCAGAAAAGGUUGAGUCGAUAGGGUGUGGCGCUUUCUUGAAUUGUAGAGAACUCGAACAAAUAGACUUGCCUUCUAAUAUCAAAGAAGUCCCACAGAAUUGUUUCAAAGACUGUUACCGACUGAGUUCUCUUACAAUGUCUUCAAGCGUCAACACGUUGAAAGACUAUUGUUUCACGAAUUGUAUCAAACUUGCGGAAAUUGAAAUUGGAAGAGACGUGAAACUCGGUUUUGGGUGCUUCAAAGGUUGUAACGUUCUGGCUUUGAGAAGGAGAGUGAUGGAAGAUUAA